UGUUCCUUAGCAACAGCCCUCCACUACCCCACGUUCAGAUUCCAACUCCUUUUGAGCCUCUCCGGUUUCUACUACCACUACUACUACAACAACUGCUCCUACUACUACUGCUGCUGCUCCUGCUGCUGCUGCUGAGCUCAACUGGAAACUCCCCCUCACCUCCGCAUCAUUCCAAACAACUCCUGAAUUGGCGGUUUUUAUCCUUUUUGCUCUCUCAAACUCUUUCAAAGCUGCAGUAAAGUUCAUCCCCGACGUCACUGGCGCUGCGUAACGUUACCUGCAUUGGAGGAGGUUAGCACGUGCGCGAGGAAUAACGGAUGUUUAAUUGUUUAUAUAGAUAGGACUUUUAUCAGGGUGCACAUGUGGAUCAGGGCGAUGCUGUGGAUGUGACGGACAGCUGCUUCAAAAACGGUUCACUGCUUUCAGCCACAAUGAAAGACGACUUUGCUGAUGAAGAGGAGGUGCAGUCCUUUGGAUAUAAGAGGUUUGGUAUUCAAGAGGGAACCGAGUGCACCAAAUGUAAAAAUGACUGGGCCUUACGAGCUGCCAUUGCCCUGCUUUACGUCCUCUGUGCCCUGCUCACCAUCGCAGUGGCUGUCCUUGGAUUCAAAGUGGUCCAGAGAAUGGAUAAUGUGACAGAGGGCAUGCAGAAUUAUGGGGGCAAGAUCAGUGACGUGGAGACAGAUCUAAAGAAAUUCGGUAACCAAGCAGGACAGAAGUCAAUAAAUGCUACCAGUGAAAUCCGGACUUUUAAGUCUGACUUGGAGACGCUAAGGAGGCAGCUGGACGAGAUUGCACUCAGAGCCACAAAGAACCGGGACGUCCUGGAGGAGCUGCGUCUGACGGGGGGAGACAUGCAGACCACACACACCUCUUUACAGGGUGUUUUGGACUCCAACUCUGCGUCUCUGCGCUCUGUCAACCAGACCCUAACCUCCUACAGUGCCAUGUUGGACAAUCUACAGACAAACACGGCCUACCUCCAGUCAGAAAUACAGACACAGGUGAAAGUGCAAGGGGAGAGCCAGGUCACCAUCAGUGCACUAAACAUCAGCCAAACUCAACAGAGAAACCUGCUGAGCAGUCUGCAGAAGACCGUGGAGGACGCAGGCCAGGCGGUGCAGAGACUCAAGAAUGACUACCAGGGUCUGCAGCAGAGUGCUCGCCAGGCCCGCUCCGACACCGAGUGGCUCAAAGAGAAAGUCCAGAACCUGCAGGUGUUAGCGGCUAAUAACUCUGCCCUGACUCGCUCCAACGGGGAGGCACUGGAGGACCUGGGGGUUCAGCUCAGCACUUUGGCCAGUCAGAUCCAGAAUGCCUCAACCCUGACUGAAAUCCAUGAUCAGACUCUCCGAGAGCUGAUGGACCACCAGAGGGACCACGACAAUAGCACCUCAGCCCGCUUUGACGAGGUGGAGGCACGAUUGGACCGCCAUGAGAGCGACAUGGACCGGGUGACAGGGAACGUGAGCUUCUCCUCUCAGCUGCUGGGGGCCAUCAGCUCCGACCUGAAUGGGAUGAGAGCGUGUGCGGAAACAGUGAUGAAGCACACAGACCUGAUUGUGGCUCUGAACAGCAGCGUGACUGAGGCCCGCGCUGACAGUAGAGACCUGAAGGCCCAGCAGGACGACCUGGUGUCCCGUUUGGACAAAGAGGUGACCAGUCUGUCCACUGUGAUGGAGGAGAUGAAACUGGUGGACAGCAAACACUCGCAGCUCAUCACCAACUUCACCAUCCUGCAAGGCCCUCCUGGUCCCAGGGGUCCCAAAGGAGACAGGGGUGCACAGGGCCCUGUUGGCCAGAGUGGACCCAAGGGUGACAAAGGAGAUAAAGGCGCGGCUGGGGUCGUGGGGCCUAAAGGAGAGAGAGGAGCUCCUGGUCCCACAGGUGCUAUAGGGCCAAAGGGUGCAGCAGGCGUGAGAGGCCUCCCUGGAGCCAAAGGGUCCAGAGGAGCUGGAGGCAGGCCUGGGAUACCUGGUGAGAAAGGAGACCCAGGGUCUCAGGGACAGCCUGGCCGGGAUGGGCUCAGGGGACUGCCGGGUCUUCCAGGACCACCAGGGCCCAGAGGAGCCCCAGGACCCCCAGGUCAGGAUGGUCUGCGGGGUCCUGUGGGCCCCAUCGGCCCCCCUGGGCCUCCAGGUUUACCAGGGCUCCCAGCUCCGCCUCCUCGGGCCCCGCAGCCUCGGCCCACGCAGCUCCCCAAACCCCCUAAACCCCCAAAGCCGGCUGUAGCCACAGAGCAGCCUGAACGUACAGUGACACGGGAGGUCCAACCCACUGCCCCCCCUACUGCUGUUCCCGGCUGCCCUCUAAAUUUUAAAAAAUGGAGAGGAAGCUGCUAUUAUUUUUCCUCUGUUGCUCAAAGACUCAACUUCGAUGAGGCCAACAACUUUUGUGCCAACAUUUCAACACAAUUGCUGAUAAUCAGUGACAAUGAUGAACAGCAAUACAUUCAAAACUCUAUUGCUGGGAAGACGUACUUCUGGCUGGGCCUCACAGACAGAGAGAAAGAGAAUGAAUGGAAAUGGGUGGAUGGGACAUUACCUCAGUUCACAAACUGGAAGCCGGGGCAGCCUGAUAAUUGGACCCAUGGACAUGAGGACGGAGAGGACUGCGCUGGGCUCAUUCACCAGGCCAAGUGGAAUGACUUUUACUACAGAAAUAUAUAUACAUCAGCAAUGCCUCUCUUCACGACAAACCCUUUUGAUCAAGAUGUGGAGAAAGCGACGAGUGAGAUGAACACGGCUGAGGACUGGGGCCUCAUUCUGGACAUAUGUGAUAAGAUAGGACAGUCACGCACUGGGCCAAAGGAAUGCCUUCGCUCUGUAAUGAGACGGGUAAACCACAAGGAUCCCCAUGUGGCCAUGCAGGCUCUCACUCUUCUUGGGGCUUGUGUCUCAAACUGCGGCAAAAUUUUCCAUUUGGAGGUGUGCUCUCGGGAGUUUGCCAGUGAAGUCAGUAGUGUAUUAAACAAGGGUCAUCCUAAGGUGUGUGAGAAGCUUAAGGCCCUUAUGGUAGAGUGGGCAGAAGAUUUCCGUAAUGACCCCCAACUUAGUCUGAUCUCAGCCAUGAUCAAAAACCUACGAGAGCAAGGGGUCACUUUCCCCGCUGUGGGCUCACAGGCUGCAGAACAAGCAAAAGCAAGCCCAGCGUUAGUGGCAAAAGAUCCAGCCACUGCAACCACCAAAAAAGAGGAAGAAGACCUGGCUAAAGCUAUUGAACUGUCUCUGAAGGAGCAGCGUCAGCAGCCUCAGACCUCCCUGUCCAGCCUGUAUCCCAACACCUCCAGUCUGCUCUCCUCUCACAAGUCCGAUGGGAGGAAAGUCCGUGCCAUCUACGACUUUGAGGCCGCUGAGGACAAUGAGCUUACUUUCAAGUCCGGAGAAAUCAUUACUGUUCUAGAUGACAGUGAUCCAAACUGGUGGAAAGGGGAAACGUAUCAGGGAGUGGGUCUGUUUCCGUCCAACUUUGUGACAGCUGAUCUGACAGCUGAGCCCGAAAUGAUAAAGACAGAGAAGAAGUCUGUGCAGUUCAGUGAAGAAGUCCAGGUGGAAACUAUAGAGCCAGAGCAGGAGCCUGUGUACAUAGACGAGGAUAAAAUGGACCAGCUAUUGCAGAUGAUCCAGAGUGCAGAUCCCACAGAUAACCAAUCAGACAGUGUAGAACUUCUCCAGUUAGAAGGUGCUUGUAAUCAAAUGGGGCCUCUCAUUGACCAGAAGUUGGAGGACAUAGACGGGAAACACUCUGAGUUGUCAGAGCUCAAUGUAAAGGUGAUGGAGGCUCUGUCUUUGUACGCCAAGUUGAUGAAUGAAGAUCCAGUUUAUGCCAUGUAUGCCAAGCUGCAGAGCCAACAGUACUACAUGCAGCAGCCCAACAACGCAACACAACAGGUGUACCCAGGUCCGCCUGCCUCUGGGUCUUAUGCCAUGAGCGGCCCCGCAGUCCAGGGUUACACUGUUCCUAUGGAGCAACUCCCAGCUGGAGCACCUAUUCCUGGACAACCAGCCCCUAGUGAUGUUCACAUGUACAUGGGACAGCCCCCUGUCUACACAGCACCCCCUGGCAGCAUGCCCCCCUCUGAAGUCCAGUCCUACCAGAACCCUGCCGCUGCCCCAGGACCAGCUCCAGGCCCUAAUCCCUCUGCACUCACACAAGCCCCAAACUACAGCGCCCCUUCUGGUCAGAGCAUAGCACCUUCAGACGCUGCCCAAGCCCCUUACCUAGAGAAAGCCUUGCUAUAGGUCUCACUGUUAAGUUUGUUCCCACACCACACUUCAGGCCUGAUCAAAUGGAGGUUUAGCAUGAUGCCUGUGUCUUAAAUUUCAUGUAAGAAUUGUUUUUUGAGGAGCAGGGUGGUUGGAGUGCUCUUGCCUAUAAGGAAAGCUGUUUGUAAAAUUCUCAGGCAGACUAAUAGUAACCUCUUUGCUGGUCUCCCCGUGUUAUAAAGGACUCCAAAUUAAUAAUUCCCCAUCAAAGAAAUGAGUGAAUGAUUCUCUGGCGGUGUAAAAGUGACGACCUAACAACUAGUGAAAAGUGGCUCUUGAUCAGGUCUACCCACUUUAAGUAAUUUGGAUUUGUUCAAACCAUCUAUAAGACUGCUCAGCUGGAGAUAAUGAAGUGAAAAAGGUAAAUGCAUUUUAACAUUGGUUACUCCAUUAUGACCAUGAUAUGGGUUGCACUGUCAGCCAGUAGGUUGUCAUUUUAACAUAUUUGAAUAUUUUAUUGCUGCACUUUGGUUUAUUUAUAGUUUUUCAUUGUUUUGCCACCUCUUUUUGAUCAGCCCUGAAAGAAACACUGGAUACAUAAUACACUACAAGACAUGCUAUGGGAAAGGCAUCUUCUAUAGUAUGUAAUAGGUUAACUACCCAUUUACUAACUGAACAGUCACUAGGGGGCAGCCUUCUCACCCACUCCUCCGAUGAAAACUGACUAUGGAUCACACAGGCUUAACAUGGCGUUUUUAUUCUAAUGAUACAAGGACUAUGAUUAUUAAAAAUAGAUUACUUCUCUGUAUAUGUUGUUCACUUUUAGAAGUACUGAAACUGACGCCACUUUUUGUUUUUGUUUUUUUGGAGGGAAAAAUCUCAAGAAGCAGCAUGCACAACCUUUUGUAAAUACUGUAAUGAUUUGGUAGUGACCACGAAUCAAGUGUGUUCAAUUCCCAGCCUUAAGGUAGACCAUUUUAGAGUAGUGGUAUUGAAUCAAAAAGACACAAUAUGCAAGUGCUUAUGUUCUUUAUAAAAAAUAUAUUAUAAGGUAUACACAACACUAGAUAAUAAAACAACACAGUCAGAUUUAUAUAAUUCACUUAAACCUGUAACUAACUGGUCAUAUUUACCAAGCUAAAGCUGAAUUUUUAUCUCAAACAAUGUCAGUUCUAAUUAAUUAUUUCCUAUUCACGGGUUUCAGGCAAAUAUUUCCUUCUUUCCCUAAUCAAAAAAACAUAACAUUAAUUACUGUCACCACAGCAAUUAAGCUUGAAUACCCAUGAAUAAUAUGAAACCAGAACUAGCAGUUGUUCCAAAACUGAUUUAGCAUUUGCCAAUAUUGCAAUAAUAAGAAUCAAAUUGUGAAGUCUACCUUUUGUAAACUGAAUCAUUCGGCUGGUUGGUCACACUUGUAUCUGAGGAGCGUAAAACUGGCUGAACCCCAAGUGUUGAAAACAUUUGUGUUUCAAAACAUUAUUUUCGUAGUGCAUUUUAACUUAUGGUUUUGAUUGUUAUGCUAUUUUUAAAUGGAGAAAUCUUGCAGGAUGGAUGUAUGUAUUCACAGAGCAGGCGUAUGAUGUAUUAUUUUGUUGUAUAUUUAAAUUACUCGGGACAUGUCUGUGUUGUACUGUAAGGUCAAAUGUGAAUAACAAGCCACCCUCAAAAUUUUGGAGAGCAAAAAACAAAUUUCAGGGUUUGUUGACAUCUCUAGGCUCUCAGUCAGUUACAGUGUUGAAGCUUUAAGAUCAAAAUAUUCAAAAACUCACCUUUCUCAUGUUUGAAAAAUGCUGCUUCUCGAGUUGUCUGCGAGUAUUGAUGGGAUUGAAAUUGCAAAGUACAUAAUAUGUUGUAGCCAUAAUGUAUAAUGAUGCACAGGGAAGGAAGAGUACGAAUGAAAACUUGACCUCUUAGGAUAUUAUGUUCUCAAUUACAUUUCAUUUUAACACUGUUUUCCCCUUUAUAUAAUCCAACACUAAACUACACAACUUAGACUGGUCAAAACAUUACAAAUUCAAUGCAUUUCUGUUCCUCAUUUUAAAGCCAUAAGCAUUUAUUUAAAAAGUUGAGUAUUUCAACUUUGAUUUUAAUCUGUGGUUACUUAAUUUCAAAUUCCAUUAUUUAACUUUGAGGAUUUUGGUCCUGAUACCCUUUCUAACACACUUUUAAGUUUGUUUUAUUUACCACAGCGAUUAGUGUUCAUCACGACUAAUAAAAAUCCUAUUAAAAAUGUGUUAAAUAUAUGAAACCUAUCAAUCUUUGUAGUGUACAGCUAAAUUUAAACUUAAAAAUGAAAGACUGAAAUGCAUUGACAUAUGUUCUUGCUGACUUAAUGAUGAUCUAAGACUUUGUACUGCCUUCCUCUGACUUAAAAAGUAGCCAAUAAGCAGUUGGAUGUAAGAUGGUAUGUGAUAAACUUGCAGGUAUUGUGGGACCAUUGUUUGGACUUGGAGCCAGUCUAUAUCACACAUUUUGAACAUGUAACGUAUUGUGGCAGCACAUCGAUGCACCUCAGCAUGGGGUAACUGUUGUACAGGAUCUAAACUUCCUGUGUAAGUUUAUGUUGGAAGGAACAUCACUUUAUUGUACAAGUACUGUCUAAAGUUGUACCCCGCUGUUGGUAUGUAUUCUUUUAACCAUACUUAUUAAUUGGUAUUGACAAUAAAAACAGGCCAAAUGUACA